AUGGCUCCGCACUCGACGACUAGUAAGAAGGCCAAGGUUAAUGCCGGUAUGACAGACAAUGUCCAAUCCGGUACAGUUAGACGGCGAAAAUGGCUUGAAUCGCUGUCGCAGGAAAAGUUGGAUGAAUUAAGGCGCAAGGACAGGGAGAGAAAAAAACUUGAACGUGCAAGACAUCGUGAGCUCCGUAAUGGACAGGCAACGGUCACCGCCACACCACCUCAGGGUGAUCCAUCUACGGAUGUGGAGAUGGCGGGUGAUGGACACGAAGACGAAGACGAAGAACCUGCAUUGGUUCCUCCACGCACAUCUCAGUAUCGGGUAUCAAGGCUAGUCCGGUUCGAAAGCGAGGAAUCAGAUGUCGAAUCCGCAGAACCCGCAUUCGCUCCCGCGCCAACGGCUCAUAGUAAGCCAUCAAAGGACAUUCGGAUGGACAGCACAUCGUCCGACACGCAGGAGCUUUCCGUGAGAAUACUUGGACGCAAAGUCCCUGCUCAGUCGGCGACAGUACGAUGGGAGGAUGGAAGGACGACUAACCUUCCCACAAUCAUGAAGAACGGAGUUAAUAUUUGCCAGUCGGUGGACGCUGAAGUAGUGAAGUUCUUCGCAUCCUUCCCAAUGUCCAGGACGUCAUCAAAGCAUAUCCAACACUUCUCUGCUGCAGCCAUGGAACGUGAGGACAUCGUGGAGAUGAUCGAAAAUGCCCUGCGUAUGAACAAACCCGUUGUCGUCCGCGGAAAUGCGACAAAUUCUCCUACCAAGGUAACGACAGAAUGGCUGGACCGCAAAUUCGGAUUCAAUCCUGAUAUGCCUGUAUCGAUUCAUGAUGUUGAGACUCGUAUCGCGGAUUCCUCCCGUCCUCACCAGAGUGGUACAAUAUCUGACGUGGUCUCUGGUAUGAGUGAUGAGACGAAAAUACAGUGUGUUCUCGACAUCCCAUACGUACAUGGAUGUCUCCCAGAUCCAUUGCGAAAUCUGGAUCACGGACGGCGGUUCGGUUGGAGUCAGACAGCGCAACAGUGCCCGAUUCAGGAGGCAAUUCAUCCAGACAACUUCACCACUCACUCCUGGUGCCUCCUCCAUCAAGCUGGAUUCGUGUCGUUUGCCCAUCACGAUGCCGAUGGUGUUGCGACGUACAUUCGCAUGGAGUCAGGAGGGAAGUUUUGGGUGUUUUUUCGGCUGAAAUCCCAGAAGGGUGGUCGUGCGGCCUACUCAAGCGCGAUGGUGAAACUGGUCGAUUAUCUUAACCACAAGGAGGAAGUGCGGAAAUUGUGGGAUGCUGAAGUUGUCUACCUGGGUCCCGGAGAUUUCGUGAUACAGCCCCCUGGCCAGGUUCAUGGCGCUUACACGCCCAUAGACGCCUUUGCGUCGGGUGCUUCAUUCGUCAACCUCGCCUCAAUGCACCAUACAGAGAGGGCCCGUUAUAUGGAUCACAGGAAAGGCCAAUUUCUGACCAACCAAACCCAUUCAUACUCGUACUCGCUGGAGACAUUGCGGAGAAUUGCGAUCUCUGUCCCUCAUCUGUCCACCAGAAUAACUCUGUAUCGGCGGCCGCUCUUGAGCCUGUGUCUAAUGGUCCUCAAAUGCCAGGAUUAUAUCGCAAUCGACGCCGCACAACGCAAGAUACAGCCCUCGGAGACUGCGUCGCUCGCGGAACAUAUCUGCAGGGUUAUUUCAAACUCUCUUGGGAUCAAGAACAUAGGCAGCCUCUCGACGAAACUCUUCAGAGAGGCCGAUGACACCCUAGCUAGUGACACGGUGGAUAGGGAAAUGUUAUGGAGGGAGUUGGAACCGUUCAGGGUGUUGGACAUGUGA